CUUAAUGAUUUCCCCAUCUAUCUUCCAAAUUCCAGUUCCUAACUAUCAAAAUGUCUUCCAAUAUGAACAUAAUCGUAACUCUCUGUCCUAAAUCCGGGAAAGCGGACAGAGUCGUAGAACUCCUCCAAGGCGUCGCUGCCUACGUGAAGGAAAAUGAGCCCCAGACAUUAAGAUAUGAGAUCUCAAGACAGGCCAAUAAGAAGACUGGAGACGAGGAAGUCAUUAUGGUUGAAAGUUACAAAGAUAAAGCAGCCCUCAAUACUCAUGGGUCCUCGGAGACUUUCAAGAAGUUUAAUAAGACGCUGGAGGAUGAGGGUCUGAUUGGGGCGCCUGCGCAAUUCAAGUUUGUUAGAGCCGCUGGUGGGUUUUCGAGGCUGUGAGGAGUUGGUAGCAAACAGAAGAUUGGGAAUGCGAAUAGACAAACGCUGAAAGAGAGACAAACACUGUGUUAGCGGUCGCUAAGUCGUGUGAGCUAGGUGGUCGCAGGUGCUCUUUCUGUUUGUAUGGUCG